AGUUCUUCUCACUUUUUGUUUGGAAGCCGCUAUAACAAAACGAUUCCUUUCUCAAUAUCCUGGAUCACGUAUCAAUUACUUUGCGAAUAUUUUGGAUUUGGGGGAAAAUGAUGGAUGGUGACUUUCUUACAUGCGAGGGAUCUUGAAAAAUUGGAAUUAGACCCUUUUCUACUUAGAGUUUCUACUAAAUAUCAGAAUGUCGGAUGUUGGGGCAAACCAAGCUGAGAUACCGAUGGCCAUCUUAAAAAGCUUCUAUUCACACGGAAAUGACGACAAGGCUUAUUCAAGUGAUGACUUCGAAAGAUAUAAACGUAAAAAUUAUUGUAGUGAGUUACAAGGAGGUCGACUCAACUUCUACGAGAGUGGUGAACCUAAUUACAAUACGACUACCGCUGUGGUGAAGGUCGAGAAGAGAAGAGGAACUAACAUACUCAUUCUAAGAUGUGGACCCGAAGGUCGUAUGGUUAUAUUCUUGGAAUUUGACUCCAAGCAAUUAACGGACGAAUGGCAGGAGGCACUCUGUCGAUAUACUGGCCAAACACAUGUUCCUAACCCUGCCUUACGGAGAGUAAAUUCUGAGCGACCAGCAGUAGCGAGAAGGAGGAACAGGAGCCGGGCAAGAAGUCGAACAACCCUUCCUGAUAUCAUCGUUGAACAGCAGGUUGAUUCAGAUCCCCAAGAAGCUCCUCUUGAAGCUCCUCAAGAAGCACCUCCAGCUCCUCUAGUAGCUCACUCGGAAACUCCCCAAGAAGCUCCUCUUGAGGCUUCUCAAGAAGCACCUCCAGCUCCUCUAGUAGCUCCCUCAGAAACUCCACAUGAAGUUCCUCAAGAAGCACCUCCAGCUCCUCUAGUAGCUCACUCGGAAACUUCCCAAGAAGCUCCCCUUGAAGCUCUCCAAGAAGCUCCUCUUGAAGUUCCUCAAGAAGCACCUCCAGCUCCUCUGGUAGCUCCCUCGGGAACUCCCCAGGAUGCUCCUCCUGAAGCUCCCCAAGAAUCUCUCCAAGAAGCUCCUCUUGAAGUUCCUCAAGAAGCACCUUCAGCUCCUCUGAUAGCUCCCUCCGAAACUCCCCAAGAAGCUCCUCUUGAAGCUCCUCCAGCUCCUCCGCUAGAUUCCCAGGAAGGCCUCUCAGCUCCCCCUUCUCCACCGGGUUCACCCACCGAAGAUCGGGUCAUAAGCUUGACCAGUGACACGAGUGAUACAGAUUCCGGCCCUGACAGCUUGCGAUCACGUGAUGCUGAUCUCAGUCCAACGCUUACAGACUUGGCCAAUAACUCGGAAGAGAAAGAGUUCAACCUUUCAGAUCUGGAACAACUCAAAGUCAAGGACUAUAAAGGCCAUGUUAUUGUGGCGAAAGCAAUUCCUCCGUGCCAGCUACAUCUUGGAGACAAAAUAGGGUUGAGGAAUGACCAAGGUCGCCCUAUGAACGCCCGAGAAAUGACCAAGCUCAUCCAAACAUCGCCCGAACAGACGAAAGUUUUUACCAUUGUACGGGGCGCUGUAUGCAUUGUGAGAGAGGAAGAAAGUGAACUGGCCAUCAAUAUCAAAAGAUCCCAGAAGGAUAGACUGGACACAGUAGAUCUGAUUCUCAGAGCCCUCACAUCGCAAUGUUCUCUCCCGUAUUCUGAGAUGCCAGAGAGAUCCAACUUCACCAUCACAGCGAUUAACAACAUCCCCGUGGACAUCGGCUCUCAACCAGACCAGAUUGCAGAGAAUAUGAGAGAAGCCCUGAGGACAUCCAUACAUCAAGAAACAUCAAAGUAUCUAUUGCUUCAUUUUGUUCCACAAGCGUUGCUGGACGCUUUGGCCAAAGAGUACGAUGAUACGAUGAUGUAAAAUAAAUUCUGUGGCAAUGAUUGUUAUUCGUUUCAUACAGAGCAAUGCCCUGUAUAAAUCAAUGCCCGUUUCAUUGCUGUGAAACUAUUCAGUGUGGGUGAUUCAUGGCCUCUCCGAAAAACCUGCUCGAGAUCCAUUCUGUUCCUGCAACUUCCUAGAACAAGCAACCUAUAACACAACAUCUUUGAAACAUUUCAAGAAAAAUAUGAAGGGUUCUCAUUUUGUCAGUGAACAUGGAUUAUUACAUAUUUUUCUAAUCGGCUUUCAUUUGUGCAGGGUUAUAUAAUUGUUUGGGGCUCCCCCAUACUUGAUGGAAGACAUUUUGAAACGCUUUGUAAUUGUAAAGAUAUAAUUUCCGAAUGGUAUUGUUUAGAUUCCAUUAGGUACCUUGUAACCAUGUUGAACCCAGCAUAUUUAUAACGGGAUUGGAAACAGACAGCAAAACAUAAACUUAGAGAACAUGGAACCCAUGCACGAACUGCCAAAUAAAUAAAAAAGUGAAAUCUUCUUACCUUUUGAGUAAGAAAUCAGGCUAAUUCACAAGCAUUGGAAAAUAAGAAAUAAAAAGCAUCGAAAAGUGAAAAAGAGGAAGUCAUAUCUCCGUUCAUGGGUUGCCAUUAGAAUGCUGAUUUGUAAAGAAAAAAAAUGACCCACAAAGAUAAUUAUGGAGUCUGAAAAUUAGGGAUGGAUAGGAUGACUUUAUGAACACGGUUGGAAUUUUUUGGUUGAAUCGAUUUAAACAAUAAAUAAAUAAACAAACAAAAUAUGUUGUCUUAUUGUAUGAAAAAAUCACUAUACGUCUUCAUUAUCUGAAUGAUUCCAAUGUACUAUGUUGUUUUACUAUA